UUUUAUCAAGAGCGAAAAAGCAAAACAAUUCAGCUAAGCAGUUAUAAUAAUUCAUUAAGGGAGCUAAGUUAUUAAAAUUAGACGAAAAAACUAAAACGAAAUUCGGUGUUUUUAAUUCGAAGUAAAAUCUAUCUAGAAUUUCAAAGUUUUUGUAAACUAGCUUAACCGGAAAACAAAUACAAAACACAUCAAAAUUGAAGGAUAUUUUUUCGUUAUUUUCUUAGUUUUGUGUUUAUCAAACAUUAAAAAUGGAUUUCGGUGCAUCAUUUGCUAAAUAUGUUCUCUUUAUAUUCAAUAUGCUGGUCUUGGCAUGCGGGAUUCUUGUUAUAGUGUUUGGAUCAUUACUUACAGCGGACGUUGUGGACUUAAAAAAUUUGGCGGACUCUUUUCAAAUUUCCGGAAUCCCGAUUUGUAUAAUUGUUAUAGGAUGCAUUAUCUCGAUCAUAGCAUUUAUUGGAUGUUGUGGCGCUAUACGUGAGAAUACUUGCCUCACAAUUAUUUAUGCCGUAGUUAUGCUUGUUCUUUUUGUUCUGCAAAUUAUAAUUGUUUUAUAUAUCUGGUUGGAGCAAGAAAGCUUUCUUAACACGAUGAAUUCAAUUGUAAAUAAGGCUUGGACAACACGGCAUGAAAAUGGACGCUUGAUGGAUGUCUUACAGAUGGAAUUUAACUGUUGCGGGCAAUUUGGAUCUCAGGAUUACUUCGGUGAAGCAGUUCCAAAUUCAUGUUGUGGACGUUCAGCUACCUCCUGUUCAAUGAUUUCGGUUUUAAUAAAACCAGGUUGUUCUCAAGCUUUCAAAGAUUUUUGGACAACUCAUAUAUCUAUUGCUAAGUAUGCUGGCAUGGUAGUUGCCGGAGUAGAGCUGAUCGCAAUUAUAUUUGCAUGCUGCAUAGCAAAUCAAUCCCGCAAUGAACGAAGAAGAGCUCCAUACUAUUAAUUCCAACAAAAAAAAUUAAUAAGUUAUUUUUCAUUUAAAAAAUAUUGCAAACUUAUUUAUAAAUAUUUCUAAUAGUAGUCAAAAUAAAUAAAUUCGUUAAGAAACGAAUAACUCCA